CCUCUUUUCUCUCUUUCCAUCCAACAACGCUCCCUCUUGUUCGACCAAAAAAACCACCCAUUCAUUCCUUUUUUUUCUGGACCCUUGAGCAGUGCUCGACCGACUACCAGUCCAAACAUUCAUUCUUUCCAACACUCUGUUUCGAGGUUCAUCCAAACUACCUACCUAGGUACCCAGCAGCAGCCAACGGAUCCAUCCCAUCUUUUUGCACAGAGCAAGCAGUUCAGUGAACUAUCCCUUUCGUCCCAUCUUCACAGCCUGCCAGCAAACAUCGACACUCAAAAGAGUACAUACCAAGGCGCGCCCCGAGCUCCUAUUAUCGACCCUGAACCCGACACAGCUUCGCACGCUGCCACAAGCACAUUCCCUGAUUGAGAGGCUUAGCCCAUCGCAUUCAUUUCGCUUCUAGCCCGUCCGCUACCGAAGAGAGCAUCACCACUACCAAGAGACGGUACAAGUCUCCAAGACAACGCAGCACAUUUAGCAACUCUGAAGCUUCACUAUCCAACAUGAAGACCACUACCUUCCUUUGCGCCGUCCUGGCUUCCACUGCCAUCGCCCAGCCUCACCAGCACUCCAACAAGCGUCGCCAUGUCCACGGCAAGCACCAGAAGCGCGCUCUCGUCACUGAGUGGGUUACAGAAACUGCCUACGUGACCGAGUGGGUUGAUUCGACCACUACCGUCUGGAUCGACCCCGACGUCUCGUCCACCAGCUCUGCUGUCCCGACCACCUCGGUUCCCGCCCAAUUUUUCGAGCCUGCCAACCAGCCGGUCUACAACACCUUGUCCACCUCCACGAAGCCCUCCGCCGUCGCUUCCCCCGUCAAGGAGCCCGUCUCGCAGGCCCCGCCUCCCGUGCCUACCACUUCCACUUCCACGUCCGCUCCUGCGCCCGCUCCUCAGACUCCGACUCCCGAGCUUGUCCAGCCUUCCACCCCCGUCUACGUUGCUCCUCCGCCUGUCCCUACCACGUCUUCUGCCCCCGCCCCCGCUCCUCAGCCCACCACUGAGGCUGCUUCCCCUAGUGCCACACCAACCAGCCCCUCAGGCGGCUCUGGCGGCGAUGUUCACUCCGGUGAUCUGACCUACUAUGCCGUCGGCCUGGGUGCCUGCGGAGAGGACGAUAGCGGCAAGGACCUGACUGAGAAUAUCGUUGCUAUCUCACACCUUGUUAUGGGUGCUCAGUCCAACGGCAACCCGUACUGCGGCAGGAAAGUCAAGAUCAGCGUCAACGGCAAGACUACCACCGCCACUGUCCGCGACAAGUGCAUGGGCUGCAAAGCUGAGGACAUUGACGUCAGCGAGAAGUGCUUCCUCGAGAUGUUCGACAGCCUCGGCGUCGGCCGUCAGACUGUCGAGUGGUCUUUCAUCUGAGCGCCCCAUUGCGCAUGAUCUUUCCUCCAUUCGGCCUCAAAGAGCUCGUCGUGGGCUCUACGCGCUGUCAUUCGACUUCGGCCAUGUGCCGCUUUCCCAGUGGAGGUGCCUUAUUCUUUAGGUGCACCCAAUCAUUACGAUUUCAAAGAGCCUUCAAUCAUUUUCUCUCGACCCGAAUUCCCAACAAAUAACAAGCUUGGUUAUACAUCAGCCCCUUUGGCCUCAUCCGAGGGACCGCGCCUGGCUCAACAGCACGGGUUCGGGUUAUAUGACAAAGGACAAUGAACGAAACUCCGGUUUUGAUGACGUGAUGACAAUUAUCUAUAUACCUGUGGAUGUGUUUCCCAUUCUUCUCGGGUCCAUCUUGGGCGGAUACAAACGGUGUUUUGCUUUUGUGGAAAUUUCUGCCGACCGGCUUAUAGACGUAAAAUUCAAUGUAUGUAUUUACGAGGGAGGCUCGUGAGCCUCCCAAUUGGGGUUGUUUGGUACCACAACGGCACCGGAAAGAUAAGAAGAAAAUUAAAAUGACCCCCCUCCCUAAAUAACAAGAGGACACAAGUAUUUGAAGUCGAUCUCUGUGUCUGUCUCAGUACUUGAUUCGGCCGAGUGUCUGAUGUGAUCAACAUGACAACAUGCCUCCUACCUAGGUAUUAGGCGGAGCUCCAAGACCUACGCUCAAUUUCAAUGAAAAUGACAGGGGGCUCGCUGAAAUGUCAACAGCAUACGAAGGGCAGUCCGAGCGCUGCCUAUUCAGAGGCAACAGAUUCUACAUUCCAGCGACUGGCUCAGGUGACGUCGAGAAACAUGAGAGAGUAGCAUCCUGAAUCGCAGUUUACACCGUGGUUGCACAAUGAGUAUGUGUGCUGAUGAACCCCACGCACCUCCCCAGAGUGUCUCGCUAAGCAACAAUCCAGAUUGGCCUGGGACCGGCGAGCUAGACUCAGCAUUCUCUCCUCCACCGCCCUCUUCGGCGCCUCCCCGGAGAUCUCGAGCAGUGUCCGCCUCACGGUGCGGCCGAGUCUCGCUCUACGCCCCCACAUUCCUUUUCAACCCCCCCUGCCGUCCAUUCUUCGUGCGGUGAUCCAGAUGCUCGGCUGAUCGCCAC